AUGAAUUUUUUGUUAAAAGCUUCAAGGUUUAAAAAAAAUUUUAUUUUACGAAAUGGUUGUCAUACAUCAAUCAAUGAAAAAAUUAUGAUUGACACAAAACUUAAUCCACGUCACAAAAAUAUUGCUGAAGGUAAAAUAAAUCCAAUACAAUAUGACUGGGAGAAGGAAGUUUCAGUAUUACGUGAAAGAUUUGGAACAUAUGGUUUAGCUUCAAAUGUUAAUUUAAGUCAGUUAUGGCCAACAAUAGAGGAAAUUCAAGAAAUUCAAGCAUGUAACUUGUACUCACCUUAUAAAGAAGUUUUAGAAGCGGCGAAAAAAUGUGAAGAAGAAAAACAAAAAGAAUUAGAGAACAAAUUAAAGGAGGUUGAAGAGAAUGACAAAAAAUAUUCUGAAACUACUGUUCAAAAUUAG